CCGUUGUUUGUUUUCACCGAUCCUUUAAAAAUCAGAAAUCACGCGAUAAUCAUGUUAACCUUCGCGAUAAUUCACUCGCCUUCAAAGAAACCGUAUCAUCGUCGUCUUGCCAUUAAAUGAAUGCGGAUUAUCUUUACAAUCGUCGCUUUAAAAACGUGUAUAUAUAACGAUUUAUUAAUCUUAAUUUAGUCUACGUUCAUAAUCAGGUGACCACGAAUUAUGGGUGUUAAGGCGAAGGAGGACCUGGAGAGACAAUGGAACGGGAACGCCAACGGGUACGACUCUCUGCAGAUAAAGCGUCCGGUGUACCAGAUAGAGGAGCUGCAUCGCGACACCCAGUAUGAGAAGCCUCGAAAGUCAUUCAGGACGUCGUGCAAGAACGCCUUCGAAUCAGUGAGUUGUACGUCAUGCCUUCUAAACACAGUACCAAUCCUGAAAUGGCUGCCGGAGUACAGUUGGAAGAACAGCUUCGUCUCCGACAUAAUAAGUGGCAUAACCGUGGCCAUAAUGCACAUACCUCAGGGCAUGGCCUACGGCCUACUAGGAGGGGUACCACCAGUGGUGGGCAUCUACAUGGCCUUCUUCCCGGUGCUGGUGUACACAAUAUUCGGCACCUCACGCCACGUGUCCAUGGGCACGUUCGCCAUCGUCUGCCUCAUGACCGGGAAGGUGGUGAGCCAGUACACCACCAUAGAGCACCAACAGAACGGUACCAUAGCCAGGCUGACGCAACUUGACGAGCUGCACACUACCGACUACAACAACAUCCAAGUGGCCUCCACAGUGACCUUCGUCGUCGCCAUGAUACAAUUGGUCAUGUAUGUGAUGCGAUUGGGGCUGGUGUCCACUUUGUUGUCGGCCACUUUGGUGGACGGUUUCACCACUGCUGCUGCCUUCCACGUCGCCUCCUCGCAGCUGAAGGACAUGUUCGGCAUCCCCAUACCAAAACGGAGAGGUAACUUCAGCUUCAUCAUGACAAUUUACGACGCAGUUCUGGCCCUACCCAAAGCCAACCCGUCUGCCUGUUUGGUGUCGUUCAUAACCUCCAGCUGCUUGAUCCUAAACAAUGAAGUCUUGAAAGGGUGGUUGGCGAAAAAGACCAGAAUACCAUUCCCGAUUGAAUUGGCAGCCGUCGUGUUGGGCACAACCGCCAGUUACUUACUGAGCUUUGAAACCAAUUACAACAUAUCAGUUGUAGGUCACAUUCCCACAGGCUUCCCGAAUCCCCAACUGCCAGCUUUUGACCUAAUCCCCAACAUACUGUUGGACUGUUUCGUCAUCACCAUGGUGUCGUAUACCGUCACCAUGUCCAUGGCCUUGACGUUCUCCAGGAAGCUGAUGUACGAAGUCGACUCCAACCAGGAACUUUUGGCCCUGGGUCUGAGCAACUCAGUGGGGUCGUUUUUCUCUUGUAUGCCCAUUACCGCCUCUCUCUCAAGGUCCAUGAUCCAGCAAACUGUUGGUGGUGUCACUCAGAUCGCCUCGGUGGUCUCCUGCUCCAUCCUUCUGUGCAUCCUGUUGUGGAUUGGGCCCUUUUUCGAACUGUUGCCACGCUGCGUACUGACGUCCAUAAUCAUCGUGUCACUCAAAGGAAUACUGUUUAAAAUAACGAUGAUAAAAAAGUACUGGCGGCUGAGCAAGUGGGACGCCCUAGUUUGGAUUGUGACCUUCGGUACCACCCUAAUCCUGCAAAUUAGCUACGGCUUAGCGGCCGGAAUAGUUGUGUCCCUGCUGAGCAUAUUCAUCCAAGGUUACACCCCUUACUCCUGUCUCCUGGGAGUCAUACCCGACACCGACCUGUAUCUGGACAUAAAACGCUACAAAACCGCGGUCGAAAUCGAGGGAGUGAAGAUCUUCCACUUCUCCGGCGGCCUCAACUUCGCCUCCAGGGCCGUUUUCAAGGAGGUGCUGAAUAGGAAGAUAGGCUUCGACGCCCAGGAGGUGCUGCGCAAGCGUUCCAAGUUGCGGGGGCACGGUUUGGAAGACGACGACGAUCUGCUCACCAAGUACAUCAUAUUGGACUUCUCGGCUAUUUCCUACGUGGAUCCGUCGGGUGUUGAGUUUCUGCGACAGCUCAAAAGCGACUACGGGAAGUUGGGGGUGGAAAUGUUUAUUGUCGGGUGCUCAGGACCUGUCUACGAGGUGAUCAAGAGGUGCGACAGGAUGGAGAAGGUGGAGAGUGGCUUCGUUAUCUUCCCGACGAUACACGAUGCAGUUUUAUAUGCUAGUACUGCUAGUACUAUAAAUGGAAAAGACAGAUGAUAUUGAUUUACUUCCAUUUAGGAUAAGGAAUUUGUUAUGUACAGAUGUAAAUAGGUCUAUAAAACAACAAUAGGAAUGUUUAAUUAAGUAUUUUGUGAAUUAGUUCACACGAUGUGAUAUGAUUGAAUUUAUUUUGGGUACUAAAUAUUUUUACAUACAACGUACUUAAUUUUAUUAAAUUGUUGAUUGACUGUGA